AUGGCACCCCAAACUGUAAAUGCGUGCCUCAACGGAUUGGCGAGAUUCGACAUGACCGACCAACACCUUCUCGGCCACGAUGCCGACGAGGGCGGCCUUCUCUCCGACCAUCCGGCUCCUCGCUAUAUAGGAGAGGAUACCCGCCCGACGAGCAAGAAGGAGCUGGCUGGUUGGUACAUGUAUGCCUUCGCAGCUGAAACCUACGUCAUAUGCGCGUCUUUUAUACCGAUCCUCCUAGAAACCCUCGCUCGAGAGAAUGGCGUUCUGUUGUCCGACCCGACCAAGCCCUGCCCGAGCUCAACGAGCAAAGAGACGGGUGGCGACUCGCAAUGUGUGGUGCAUGUUCUCGGCAUGACCAUCAACACGGCGAGCUUUGCCAUGUACACAUUCUCCAUCAGCGUUCUUCUACAGGCUGUCAUAGUCGUGAGCAUUAGCUGCGCGGCGGACCACGGAAAUUAUAGAAAGAAGCUACUUCUUACCUUUGCCUGGACUGGUAGCAUAGCCGUGGCUUGCUACAUCUUCAUUUCCUCGUCGACCUACCUGCUCGGCGGCUUGCUCGCCAUCAUUUCGAACACCUCCUUUGGAGCGUCGUUCGUACUCCUAAACUCCUUUCUCCCCCUUCUUGUUCGGCACCAUCCCGACCUUCCCGCCCGGGCGCGGAGGACCCUAGCCGACGAGUACCCGGAAGAGCAAAAUCAUCGCCUCAACGACGUGGAUGACGACGGUGAGACUACGCUGGUGAAUUCGACGACAAAUUUGCUAGCGGAUAGCGACGGGUAUGAAGCGCGGACGUUGCGCCGCGAAGAGACCGAGCAAGAACUCAACUCGAUCGAAGUGCAGCUUUCCUCGCAGAUAUCUGCCACGGGAAUUGGCAUUGGGUACAUUGCGGGCCUGUUCGUGCAGUGCCUCGGGAUCGUGAUCCUCGUCCUCAUGAAUGGUACCACAUUUGCCCAGAGGGUGGUGCUGAUGGUUAUCGGCAUCUGGUGGACCGUCUUUACUGUCCCCGCCGCCAUGUGGCUUCGGCCACGGCCCGGACCGCCGCUUCCUGACUAUCUUGUCAAGGGUCAGACGGGGGCUCGCGCGUGGCUUUCUUACAUCAAGUAUUCGUGGACAUCGUUAUUCAAGACGAUGGGACUAGCGCGCCGACUGGCGGAUAUCGUUCUCUUCUUGGCCAGCUGGUUUUUGCUUUCUGAUGCCAUUGCCACAACGUCCUCCACUGCCAUCUUGUUUGCCAAAGUUGAGCUCAAGAUGGAGACAUGGGCUCUGGAUUAUCCUCAUCUGCCUGCUCCUUUUGAACUUAUCCCCAUCUACGGCCUUCUUGGCUACCUGCCGUUUAUCGAAAAUCUUGGGUACUUUGGGUUGCAGCAGCCCUGGGAAAUGUAUCCGCUCGCCGCCGUCUACGGCUUGGUCCUGGGCGGACUAAGUAGCUACUGCCGAUCGCUCUAUGCCGAGCUCAUCCCGCCCGGCUCCGAAGCUGCCUUUUACGCGCUCUACGCCAUUACCGAUAAAGGUUCAAGUUUCUUUGGUCCAGCCAUUGUCGCAGCCAUCAUUGGCAAGGCGGGUCAUAUUCGGCCGGCGUUCUGGUUCCUCGGGGCCCUGGUUGGGUUGCCGGCACCUCUCAUCUGGCUCAUCAAUAUCGAUAGGGGAAGCGGGAUGCGGAACGGCUAG